UUAUGCAUUUGUGUCAUUUGUUUUUGUAAUAACGUGUGUGUUUAACACCUGGCUUGGCAAAUGCCUGACAAUGUCGCAAGUGAAUCUUGGGUGCAAGUAUCUUGUGGGCAGGUGGCUCCAGCACACCAUUUGAGUCUCGGGGACCCGAGAUUGCUGCCCAGCGAGGCGAUGGGACUAGGAAUCCUCUGAGUUUAGGGAGGAAACAGGCCUCAGAGGCGAUCUUUCAGGUUCUGUCCCCUGUGUAAGCCUGAGGGGGCCGAAUGAAGGUCACAGGGCACACUGAAGCCUUCGACUUGCAUCUGCAUGGGGGUGUUUGUGCAGAGGCCCCAGAGCACAAAGGGGAGAGCUGGAAGCCUACUGGGGUGGCCAUUCCCGGCAGGGAUCCCCUCGUACUUUAGCUAAAAACCAUCUUCAGCUUGAACUCUUGUUUUCACCCCCCACGCCUUCUUUUAAAAAUUCCUAACUCAUGAGCCAUGAUUUGAAGAAAAUUCCCCUUUUGCCUGCCAGGCAAACAGAGGGCAGAGGGCAGAGGCCGCAUUGGGAGAGGAAGCAGAGCGGCAGCGGCCGCACUGGCGUCUACCUGCCAGCCCCUCCUCCCGCCCUUGGUCUGCUGGGACCAGGGGACAGAGCCGCCCCCUUCUGUGGUUUCCCAGAAAGGGCUCUGCUGCAGGAGCUCCCGCCCAGGCUGGGUCUGCGCAGGGACAGGUCCUGGACGGCAUAGCUGCGUGGGUGUGCCGAUGUCUGCCUCUUUCACUGGAACCCCGCCCCUGAUCCAUGCACUCUGGCCGGCCAAGGCAGUGCUCACAGCCAUGGGGAUGUUGGCAGAGCCGUACGUUAAAAGGCACCCAGGCGUCCGGGAGAUGCUUGCGGCGACAGUGUAUGUGGCCCUGCUGGGCUGCCUGCAGGCCCAGCAGCUCCAGGGACAUGUCUCCAUAAUCCUGCUGGGAGCAACCGGGGACCUGGCCAAAAAAUACUUAUGGCAGGGGCUGUUCCAGCUAUACCUGGAUGAGGCGGGGAAGGGCCACAGUUUUCGCUUCCAUGGGACAGCUCUGACAAGCACCGAGCAGGGCCAGGAGGUCAUAGCCAAGGUCCUGGAGUCCCUCUCCUGCCCCAGCGACACAGCCCCCGGUCGCUGUGCUGAACUCAAGGCUCAGUUCCAGCAGCUGAGCGAGUACCGCAGCCUGAAGACGCCUGAGGACUAUCUGGCCCUGAGCAAGGACAUCGAGGCUCAGGUCCAGCAUGAAGGCCUCCAGGAGGCUGGCAGGAUUUUCUACCUCUCGGUGCCACCCUUCGCCUAUGCGGACAUUGCCCGCAAUAUCAACAGCAGCUGCCGUCCAGGCCCCGGCGCCUGGCUGCGGGUCGUCCUUGAGAAACCCUUUGGCCACGACCACCACUCGGCUCAGCAGCUGGCCGCAGAACUUGGGAGCUUCUUCCAAGAGGAGGAGAUGUACCGGGUGGACCAUUACCUGGGCAAGCAGGUGGUGGCCCAGAUCCUGCCUUUCCGAGACCAGAACCGCAAGGCCCUGGACGGCCUCUGGAACCGGCACCACGUGGAGCGUGUGGAGAUCAUUAUGAAGGAGACGGUGGACACGGCAGGUCGCACCAGCUUCUACGAGGAAUACGGCGUCAUCCGUGACGUGAUCCAGAACCACCUGACCGAGAUCCUCACGCUGGUGGCCAUGGAGCUGCCCGGCAACAUCAGCAGCCCGGAGGCCGUGCUGCAGCACAAGCUCCAGGCCUUCCGGGCCCUGCGGGGCCUGCAGAAGAGCAGCGCCGUUGUGGGCCAGUACCAGGCUUACAGCCAGCAGGUGCGCAGAGAGCUGCAGAAGCCAGACAGCUUCCACAGCCUGACGCCAACCUUCGCAGGCAUCCUCGUGCAUGUCGACAACCUUCGCUGGGAGGGCGUCCCUUUCAUCCUGAUGUCCGGCAAAGCCUUGGAUGAGAGAGUGAGCUACGCGCGCAUCCUGUUCAAGAACCAGGCGUACUGCGCCCAGAGCGAGAGGCGCUGGGAGGCCGAGCAGAGCCAGUGCCUGCCGCGGCAGGUCGUCUUCUACAUCGGACACGGUGAGCUGGGCAGCCCUGCCGUGCUGGUCAGCCGGAACCUGUUCAGGCCCUCCCUGCCCUCCGCCAGCUGGUGGGAGGUGACCGACCGGCCCGGGCUGCGCCUCUUCGGCCGCCCCCUGUCUGAUUUCUAUGCCUACAGCCCUGUCAGGGAGCAGGACGCCUACUCUAUCCUCAUAUCUCAUAUCUUCCACCACCGGAAGGAUUCCUUCAUCACCACGGAGAACCUGCUGGCCUCCUGGGUCUUCUGGACCCCCUUGCUGGAAAGCCUGGCCCGCGAGGUCCCACGCCUCUACCCAGGGGGAGCGGAGAACGGCCCCGUGUUGGACUUUGAAUUCAGCAGCAACCGCCUGUCCUUCUCGCAGCCGCCACUGGAGCAGGUGGUGCCGGGGCCAGGCUCUGCCCCGACGCCCAGCCACUUCCAGGUUCUCACGGCGAAGUACCGCCACAGCCCGCUGAUCUCGGCCUGGCCCGAGGAGCUGAUUGCCAGGCUGGCCGGUGACAUCGAGGCCGCGGCCGUGCGGGCUGUGCAGCGCUUCGGAAAGUUCCACCUGGCGCUCUCAGGCGGCUCCAGCCCCGUGGCCCUGUUCCAGCAGCUGGCCACGGGCCACUACGGCUUCCCCUGGGCCCACACGCACCUGUGGCUGGUGGACGAGCGCUGCGUCCCGCUCUGGGACCCCGAGUCGAACUUCCAGGGCCUGCAGGCCCACCUGCUGCAGCACGUGCGUGUCCCCCACUACAACGUGCACCCCAUGCCCGUGCAGCGGCACCAGCGGCUCUGCGCCGAGGAGGACCGGGGCGCCCAGGCCUACGCCGAGGAGAUCUCCGCCCUGGUGACCAAUAGCAGCUUCGACCUGGUGCUGCUGGGCAUGGGCAUGGAUGGGCACACGGCCUCCCUCUUCCCGCAGUCGCCCACGGGCCUGGACGGCGAGCAGCUGGUGGUACGGACCGAGAGCCCGUCCAGGCCGUUCCAGCGCAUGAGCCUCAGCCUGCCCCUCAUCAACCGCGCCAGGAAGGUGGCGGUCCUGGUCAUGGGCAGGAUGAAGCGCGACAUCGCCAUGCUGGUGAGCCGCGUGGGCCACGAGCCCAAGAAGUGGCCCAUCUCGGGUGUCCUGCCCGCGUCUGGCCAGCUGGUGUGGUACAUGGACUACGAGGCCUUCCUGGGGUGAUGGCCUUUGCCCUUCACCCCCACCCAGGCUUCCCUUCGCCUGCCCUCUCUCCGCCCUCUUAGUCCUGCCCCCCCGCUCCAACCCCCCCCCCACUGCGUGCUGUGGCCCCUCUGCAAUCAGAGGCCUCACUCAGGGUCAGGCCGCAGAGAGGGAGGUCGCGGCCCCUCCCAGCCCCGGUGACUGUCCCUGUCUGCCGGUGAUGGGUACACACCAAAACAAGGAAGAUAUGGUAUCUCUGCCCUCGAGAAGCUUGAAGCCCAAGUCAAGAGAGGAAUACCCACCUUGAGAGAAGACCUGCAGCAGCCACACGUGAAUAUCAACCAGCACAAAGGGAGAGACGGUUUGGAAGCACCGCCCAUGAGCAGGGGUGCGGAGGCUGGGGUUAGUCAAGGGAGGCUUCCCGUGCGCCGGGACCUUGGACCAGCUCAGCACCAAGGGGGGCGGCUGCAGCCUCCCCUCCUCCUGCUAUCUCAUGGUGGCCUCCAGCUCCUGCCCGCCGGUCCCUCCAGCCGGCCCUCGCCUCACCACCAGCACAUGCUGAAGACCUGGGGAAACCAACACAGCUUCUCUUUAAAGAACAGGUCGGGUGCUCUGCUUCUGAGGAGCUAUGGGCCAAUAAUACCUGUUUUUCUGAAACAUGUUUUUUUUUUUUUUUUCCUGAGAUGCCCCAAGGCAGGUGUCUCUGAAAUUCUUUUUAAAGAUUUCAAAAUUCUCAGGAUGCAUUUACUUUUUUUUUUUUUUUUUUGGCUACGCCCAUGGGCAGGCAGAAGUUCCCAGGUCAGGGAUCAAACCUGAGUGACAGCAGUGACCACGCCAAAUCUUUUACUGCUACUAGCCACCAGGGAUCUCCGGGAUGCCCAUUUCAUUUUUAUUCAGUGUCCCACAGAGCCAGGCCCCCAAGACACGGCGAUAAAGGGUAAGACAGGUUUUUCUGUAUAACCUCUUCCCUGUCUUACAGUUAAGGGUUUGUAUCAGGCAGAUGCAUCUGAUCCGGCAGACAUAAAGUGCCAAGGUCACACCAAGGGCUUUCCUGGGGGAGGAGAAGCAUCACAAAAUCUGCUUCUCUACUUUUGAUUGUUUUACACUUUUCUCAAGCCUGUUUAUUCUGCUUUAAGAAUUUAUCGGAAUUCUUGUCAUGGCUCAGUGGUUAAUGAAUCCCACUAGGAACCAUUAGGUUGCAGGUUUGAUCCCUGGCCUCUCUCAGUGGGUUAAGGAUCCGGUGUUGCCAUGAGCUGUGGUGUAGGUUGCAGACAUGGCUCGGAUCCUGUGUUGCUGUGGCUCUGGCGUAGGCCAGUGGCUACAGCUCCGAUUGGACCCCUAGCCUGGGAACCUCCAUAUGCCGCGGGUGCGGCCCUAGAAAAGGCAAAGAGACAAAAAAAAAAAAGAAUUUAUAAGAAUUCUUGCUUUCCUCUGAGAUGAGCGUAUGUGAGAUAGGCACCUGGCUGGACAGGCUCUGCAUAUGAUGGCACUGGUUGAAAUUUGGCUUCCCCUGGCCUCCAGCGCCCCAGGCCAGACAGGGCACCUCUCUCUAUGCCAAGAGCUCACCUUGGCAGAACAGAACAAAGUGCCCGGGUCAACACAUCUCCUCACUUUCCAAGAGUAGGCAUCUUAGCUUUGAUGUGCUUGGUGGGCCCAGGUGCAGGAGCAGACCCCUGGUUGCAGGCCAGGUGCCACCUCUGGCCACGUGGGGGCGCCCUUGCCCCACCCCUUCUGUCUGGGCUCUGGGCCUUGGUGGCAGUGCCCCCCUUGGCAGGUUCCGCCCUGUUCUUUGCGUUUCCAUCAUCUGCCUCCCUGGGCCCUUGGUGCUGGGCACCCCUCCCCCUACCAGUUCCUCAGGAACUUCUUCCUCUGCGGUUGCGCCACCACAGAGAGAGUGUCACUGCGGGACAAGGAGCAAGCAGACGCCUGAUGUCACCGUUUCUGAAUAAUAGUGAGUCACGGUGAGCCUGAGCCUGGCAUGUCCUAUUCUCAGAAGAGCUCCUUGCCUCAAAACGGCGCCUGCAUCGGUGGAGAGCCUGUGGGGGGGAUGGGGUGGGGACAGAAAGGGCCAAGGUCUCCUUUACGGAAUCAAGCGCUGUCUUAAAGCCACACCGGAAAAGCCCGCUGGGAGACCCUGUCUGAAAUCCUGCUUCUGGCCGCUCGGCCCCGCUGUCCCUGCCUCACCCUCUGCCAGGAAGGAGAGUUCUCUGAACUGGGCCACCUCUGCCGGUGGUUUUCAAGCUUUUUGGACCAUGAUCCACAGCAAGAAACACGCUUUGCAUCAUGGGCCAGGGGCACAGAAAUCUGCAUCUCGAGCCGAAGUUUCACAAAGGACUUCUCACCCUGAGACUUCCAGAUACCUUCUCUUUUCUAUGUUUCAUUUUUUUUUAAAUGCUGCCUGUCAUUUGCUAAAUCAAGAUGACACAUGGUUGGAAAAGUGCUGCUCUAACCCGACGUUACCCUGUGGUAUCAGCCGAGCCCCCUGCUCCGAGGUUUGGAAGGGGGCACGGGCACCCAGCUCUCACCUGACGCCACUGGGACUGGUAGCCAGGCUUCCCAUUCCUGGCUCUGUCCACAGGGGCCGGGAGCAGGGGGUGAAGACACGCCAACCAGGAGCCUGGGGCUUGUGGGAGCCACGACGCUGUGUCCCUUACAGAGGGGCCAUGGGUACCAGGCUCAGUCCUGAGCGUUUUGCCCUCGUGGUCUUGUUUCAUCUUUUCAGCCCUCCUUUGAGAAGGUGGAUGGAUCCUCAUUUACUGAUGAUUUUGAAACUGAAA